UUUUCAAAAUGCUCCUCGACUAUCUGUUACUCUUAAUAAUCACCGCCUUUUUAAUAAUUGCGGUAAUAAAAAUAAAACUUAAAAAAAAACCAUUCCAUUUGAGAAAACUGCCGCAUGUUGCAUUCAGAAAUGUAAUCAAUUCCAUGGAUAUUAUUAAUAAAGUAAUCGAUUUGGCCAGUACAUCAACUCGUUUCCGACAAAGACUGAGACAAGCGAAUCGAAAAAUUUUCAACCUAAUCAUUGAAUGCUAUGAAAAGUUUUCUUAUGAAGAUGAAGAAUUGCACUGUUAUCGAAGGAUAUUAGUUCUGGAAACAGAGAGAGUUAUGCAAUUUGCAUAUCACUUUAUGAUGAAUAAGGCACGAAUACAAGGAAUCGACUGGGCAACUCAUGAAGACGCCCAUUUUUAUAUUAGUUCCUUUUGCACGAACUACAAGGAAGUGAACAAGUCGCCUUGCUUGUCUUAUGGAACUCACAAGAUUUAAUCAAUCUUUUGACCAUCUUAAAUGGAUCUUUUUCAAUCGACCAUGUUGAAUUGGCAAUUGACCGUGAUCAACUCUAUGGAGAGUUUCAGUCCGCGUGGGGCCACCCUUUAUUUCGGAAAUGCCAUUUUGUUAAAGUUCUCGGACAAAACUCAUACUUUGACAGUGAAGAUAUGGAAUUUAUAUUGAAAAAUUUCGAUUUGAAAUAUGGAUUUUCAAAUCAUUGUUUACAACAAGUCGGGUUUAAUAAAAAACUGUGAUGAUCUGGAAGUAGUGGAUUGUUCAAAAGGACGAGAUAUUGAAAGGAGUGAUGGUCUACUUGCAACUAUUUUAAUCGAAUCCAGAAGCAUGUACUUUCUCAUAUGGCAUGAUAGAUUCCCGAUGGAUCAACAA